CCCUCUCCGCUCGCCUCACGAUGCCAGCCAGCCAGGACGCCCCAUGCAUGCCAUCGCGGCGCCUGCGGUGCGCUGGAAGUACUACAGCGCCCCGAGACGGCCAACGGCACCGGGCUGCUCUGGUUCGCAUCACUGGCACUGGCACCGGCAUGGCGCGCUCCCUGCUCGGCGACGCGCUCCUCUUCUCCGCCGGCGCCGCGGUGGGCGCCGUGCUGCUUCUCACGCUGGCAUCGCCCUUCGCUCCGCCCGCCGUCCUGCUGGGACGACGGUCGUCGUCCGCUGCUGGCGGCGGUGGUGAUCGGCGCACGUUCUAUGACGACCCGGAGGUGACGUACACCGUGGACCGUCCCAUCACCGGGUGGGACGAGAAGCGCGCCCAGUGGCUCCGCGCGCACCCGGAGCUGGCCGGCGCCGGCGAGGGGUGCGUCCUGAUGGUGUCCGGCUCGCAGCCGACGCCGUGCCGCUCCCCCACGGGCGACCACGUGCUGACGCGGCUCCUCAAGAACAAGGCGGACUACUGCCGCCUCAACGGCGUGCAGCUGCUGUACAACACGGCGCUGCUCCGCCCGUCCAUGGACCGGUACUGGGCCAAGAUCCCGCUGAUCCGGGCCGCCAUGGUGGCGCACCCGGAGGCGGAGUGGGUCUGGUGGGUGGACUCGGACGCCGUGCUCACCGACAUGGACUUCCGCCUCCCGCUGCGCCGGUACCGCGGCCACAACCUCGUCGUCAACGGCUGGCCGAGCCUCGUGUACGACGAGGCGAGCCCGUCGUGGACGGGCCUCAACGCCGGCGUGUUCCUCGUGCGCAACUGCCAGUGGUCGCUCGACUUCAUGGACGCCUGGGCCGCCAUGGGGCCCGACUCGCCGGACUACCGCCGGUGGGGCGCCGUGCUCACGUCCACGUUCAGGGACAAGGUGUUCAACGAGUCGGACGACCAGUCGGCGCUGGUGUACAUGCUGCAGCACAAGGGCAGCCCGUGGCGGGCCAAGGUGUUCCUGGAGAACGACUACUACUUCCAGGGCUACUGGGUGGAGAUCGUGGGGCGGCUGGGCGAGAUCGCGGCGCGGUACGAGGCGAUGGAGCGGCGGGCGCCGGCGGCGGCGCUGCUGCGGAAGCGGCACGCGGCGAGCUGGGACCACGCGGCGUACGCGGCGGCGAGGGAGGCGGCGCUGGCGGGCGCGGGGCUCGCGGAGAGCGGCGUGCGCGGGUGGAGGCGGCCGUUCGUGACGCACUUCACGGGCUGCCAGCCCUGCAGCGGCGACCGGAACCGGGACUACUCCGGGGACAGCUGCGACGACGGCAUGCGGCGCGCGCUCAAUUUCGCCGACGACCAGGUGCUGAGGGACUACGGGUUCCGGCACGCCGGCCCGCUCAGCGACGACGUGCGGCCGCUGCCGUUCGAUUACCCCGCGGCGGCCGGGAGGCGCUGACAACCAAACCGGGGCGGCGGCGAGUCGGUGGGGUUUUGUCUUUGUGCUGCUGUGCUGUGCGUGGCUGCCCGCUGUCGCUGGUGGGGUUAGCAACGAAAGUCAUGUACUUCAGCCGUGGGGUUCAGUAGAUUUGAUGUCUGCCGUUAUCCAUUUUCUCAUACCAAUAAAAAGUUGCACAGUAACUGUCAAAAAAAGUUGCACAGUACUGUAUA